AACAAUUUUCUAUAGCCUAAAGAAAUUGCAGAGGGUUUUCACAAGAAAUACGCUAUUAUAUAUUGCCAAAUUGAACAUUAAUGGAGUGAUAAACGUAAAAGUGUUAACAAAUUUUAAGCCAGGACGCUGCAGAGAGCGUUGCGAGGCAGAGCAGCCACAACAACAAUAGCAGCAGCAGCGCAGCAGCAGCAGCAACAAAAACAAUUGCAAAAAAAUUUCGGCCAGCUGCAUUUUACAUCUAAUUUUUUUUGCUGAGGCGUUUAAUAAUAUUAUGGACAAGAAAUCAUCGCCCGUGCGACGACAAAAGCGCCAAGCGAAAGUAAUUGAGGAGAACUUCUGGGACUGCAGUGUCUGCACGUACAGGAACUCGGCGGAGGCGUUCAAGUGUCGCAUGUGUGACGUGAGAAAAGGUACAUCGACGCGCAAGCCGCGCCUGAACUCGGCGCUAGUCGCUCAGCAGGCGGCGACGCUGCCCGGCGCCAGUGGCAACAUGCCGAACGGGAAGCCGGCGUCCAGUUCGCGACAUGGGAGCGGACACGACAGACAGCGGCACAAACGUUAUCCGGCGCGUUUGAAGAACGUGGAUCGCUCGACGGCGCAGACACGUGAAGUGACCGUGAACUCGGUCACAGUUUUCAUCACAGAAUACAAGGCGAAGCCGGUGAGCAGCCGACGCGAGUCCAGCGAACAGAGCUUCAGCGAGAGCAAUGAUAGUCGGAGUUAGGUCUAAUAUUAACUGUAUAUACAUAUACAUAUACAUUAAGCGGGCAAUUUGUGUUCUCAAUGUCAUCUCUUAUUUUUAUAUAUAUGUAUAUGGAUACAUAUAUAGAUAUUACUUAUUCUCAGCAAAGCCCAAGUCCUAAAAUAAUAAUUCCUUCCCGCCCCCCCUCCAAAUCCAAUGUCGUCUAAGUGUACAACUAAAAAUUGUAAAUUCUAAUAUUAGGCCUAAGUACAAUUGUAAAUCUAAAUAGCCUGUUCUUAAGUUUAGCAAGUAUUAAGCGAUCUUCACGUUCCUCGCCCGCGUUCCACAGCAUUAAUGAGUUGAUUUUCAAUUUAACAGAAGAAUUCUUCCAGAAGAUUGCACGCUUUUGUAGCUGAUUUAACUGCAUUUAAAAGACGCUGUGGAUCUGCAAAAAUAACAAACAAUUUCGAAUGUGAAAUCGAUUACAUUGUAUAUAUUAUAUUUUCAAAAAAAAGAAAAACAAAAAGAAAUAAUUACUGUCUCGUAUUGUAAUAUUUGAUUCCUAAUUUAUUGAAUUGUAAGCGCAAUUGUAAACUUACAUGUUAUGCACGUCUAUUGUUUAUAAGUGUCAAAUUAAAGUAUAAUUUGUAAAAUUGCAAGC